UUGAAAUCAAACAGGCCAGAAUCACGGACGCAGACGAGAACGCGUCGUCCUUUUGAUAAUAAAUAUACGUAUUUAUGAAUCUUCUCGUUAUUAAAUGUAAAAUACGUCGAGUUUAGUUUAUAGUGACGGAUUUGCAACACGAAGGAAGCGAGAUUAUUGUGCAAUAUAGAGUUUUGAGGAGGUUUUGUUGGCGGUAACGUUAGCGGCUAACUGGAGGAUAUGGAUUCUACUCCAAGAACUAAUUCAAGCCGAGAUCUAACGUUAAAGGUUCAGCGACCUGAAAAUGAAAAGAUUUGUGCCAGCGGGCCAAAAAGAGUUCCAGUGACCCAGAGCAGCCUGAAGCCCGUGCCCACUCCUCAAGCGUGUGUUUUGGGCACGACACGUGGCCCCCAGCGUGUUCAGCGACCUGCAAGUCAGCCGAAGCCUGCUGGGCCAUCGGUCCCUGUGAAAACUCGCUGCCCCGGAGACCAGAACAUCAACCCGGACCAGCUUAAAACACAGACGCAACAUAAACCAAUACAGAGCCAACCCAAGCCAAACUCCACCAACAGUGUUCCUGCAGUCGAACCCGGUAAACAGGAGAAACCUCAACAAACGCCUACCAAUGGACUUUCCAGUAGUUCAAAAAAAGCCUGGAGUUUAGAGAACUUUGAUAUCGGACGAGCUCUUGGCAAAGGCAAGUUUGGGAGCGUGUAUCUGGCCAGGGAACGUCAGACCAAGUUUAUUCUGGCUCUGAAGGUUCUGUUUAAAAAGCAGCUGGAGAAAGCCGGCGUGGAGCAUCAGCUCCGGAGGGAGGUGGAGAUCCAGUCUCAUCUCAGACAUCCCAACAUCCUGCGUCUCUAUGGUUACUUUCACGACGCUGCUCGUGUCUAUCUCAUCUUGGAGUUUGCCCCUAAAGGAGAGCUGUAUGGUGAGCUCCAGCGCUGCGGGACUUUUGAUGAUCAGCGCAGUGCCACGUAUAUAAUGGAGCUCGCUGAUGCUCUGAACUACUGCCACUCAAAGAACGUCAUCCACAGAGACAUUAAACCUGAGAACCUGCUGCUGGGAGCCAAUGGGGAGCUGAAGAUUGCAGACUUCGGUUGGUCUGUCCACACCCCGUCCUCAAGGAGGUCGACACUCUGUGGAACGCUGGAUUAUCUUCCUCCAGAGAUGAUCGAAGGGAAAACGCACGAUGAAAAAGUGGAUCUGUGGAGUCUGGGUGUUCUUUGCUACGAGUUUCUGGUUGGUCGGCCACCUUUUGAAACCAAGAGCCAUGAAGAGACGUACCGCAAGAUUUCAAGGGUGGAAUUUACAUAUCCAGCUCAUGUGAGCGAAGGCACCAGAGAUCUGAUCAAUAGACUACUAAAGCACAACCCAAUGCACAGACUUCCCAUCCGGCAAGUUCUGGUUCAUCCCUGGGUUGUGGAGAACUCUGUCAAAAAGCCGACCACCCGCACAGCCGAGCAGUGAGCAAUGCUGCGGUGGUGUUGUGAAACUCUUUGGUCAGAAUGAUAUCUUUCCAGCAGCAAUUUCUUUCUUUCCGGUCACCCUUUGGAGAAACUAUCUUGUAUGUUUUUACGUGUUGUCUUCAUGUGCUGCAAUUUACAUGUCAUUUGUAAAUAUUUAAAUGUUUAAUAAGACAUGCAUUGUAAAGUUUUAACAGUUCUUUGAAACAAUAAAUGUUAUUAUUCUGUUGUGACUUGA